AUGUGGUGGGUUUUGGUUGUCGCUUGUUCGUUGCCGUCCGUCGUCGCCCAGGGCUGGCAGUGGAAUCCGUUUCAGCAAUGGCAACAGCCCGGAUUUCAGGCGGUGCCGCAACAGCAGUUUGGAUUCGUGCAACCGCAGCCGGCGGCUUUUCUGCCGCCUCAGCAGCAGGGCGUCAAAAACGCCGUCGCCGAUCGCAUUCAAUUAAUCUAUGGGGUGCCGGGAAGACGCAACGCGAACCAGAAGCUCCGCGUGUGCUGCCGAUCGCUCAAGGAUGCCGACGUUGGCUGCCGACGAAAGUAUUGCGAUUUCGAGGCGUUCCGACCGGAUCAGGUGCUCGGAUAUCUUGCUGAAUGCUCGCCGAAAGGGCCAACCGUUGGCCAAAUGUGGGAUUGCGCUUCGUCGAGGGCUGAUCAUACAGCGUGCUGCCAGAGACAAGGGGUGAUACCGGCGUGCAUGGCGUACUGCGAAACGACGAACGGCGUGCCGACCGACUAUCUGAAGUAUGCGCUAUGCAUCGGACAAUUCGACAAAAUUCGAUAUUGCUUCCGCGAGUACCUCGAAAGCCAUCCGAACAUUAAAGGAGACUCAUAA